AUGUCCCCGGAGAGGGAGGCGCGGAGCAAGCGCGCAGGGACGCCGCGGAUGCGGAUGCUGUUCCCGCUGCUGCUCCGCCUGUGGCUGCAGCCGUGCGCCGCCGACUACUGCAGUUGGAAGGGCAGGUAAGCCGCGGGCGGAGAGGGCGAAGCAAAGCGACGCGGAACUUACGCGCCAGAGGAAAAUGGAUAUUAUUAUUAUUAUUAUUAUUAUUAUUAAUUCAAUUUCUAUAUCCGAAGAUCCCAGGGCAGUGCACAACAUCCGCUGAGGAAAUGGAUAUUAUUAUUAUUGUUAUUAUUAAUUCAAUUUCUAUAUCCAAAGAUUCCAGGGCAGUGCACAACAUUAACAGUAUAAUUCUCAUAGCAUAAUAGCGUAAUUUUAAAUACCUGGCAGAUUUAAGCACAUUGUCCUGGCAAACAGUCUGAUAGGUUUAAGUCCCACUGAGUUCAAUGGAAGCAAUUUCAACUUCGCUCUCCCACUGAACUCAGGGAUUUUAAGGCUGGGGCAAUGUACACUCCUCCAACUGCAUAAAAUAUUGUUCUCCUGAAUGCAGUGAGGCUUAUUUCUGAAUGUACAGAAUCACGCUACACAAGGCUCCCCACCACCUCCCCAUCAAGCUCUAACUUUCUGCAGUUCUUAAAUACGGACUGCUUGUUCUGAAAUGAUCCCUGUAUAAUUACAUUUUUACUUGUUUUAAAAAAGCUAAAACUUUUUUGUCUCGACAAUGAACAGAAUGCGUCAAUUUGCUACGUAAAAGCAGCCAUGUUCUGCUCUGUAAUCUGAAGCAUAUAGGUGCUGAAAGCUGAACUGACAUCUGUAAGUCACGUUGUUAGAUUUGAUAUUUGACUGAGUAGAAAAUUUCCCCUUUAGCCUCUGGCCUACUCUGGCUCAAAGACUGACUUCCUAAAUAUCUGUCCCAAAAUUGCUAUUGGUGAAUGUGACUCCAGUCCAGAGAUAAAUUUAUAUGUGAGGAAACAUACACACCCGUCAGAAGACCAAAAUUGUUAGUUUUAUAUGUAUGAAUUUGUGUGUGUAGUUUUUUAAAAAUUAAGAAUAACAUGAAACAACACACAAAAACAACAAAAUAAUGUGUAUUGGUAACUAGGUGCAAAGCAAAAUGCAGGUUUUGUGUAUAAGGCAGAAAAUAGUAGCAGCAUACAAUCAGAACCUUAGAAUGGUAGGCUUGGAAGGGAUCCUGAUAACAAUCUCUUCCAGCCCACUGAAAUGCAGGAAUAUACAGCUAUCCCACAUGCGAAUUGAACCUGCGACCUUGGUGUUAUCAGCAACAUGCUCUAACCAACAGAGCUACCCAGAGAGCCAGUGUGGUGUAGUGGUUAAGAGCGGUCUCGUAAUCUGGGGAACCGGGUUCGCGUCUCCGCUCCUCCGCAUGCAGCUGCUGGGUGACCUUGGGCCAGUCACACUUCUCUGAAGUCUCUCAGCCCCACUCACGUCACAGAGUGUUUGUUGUGGGGGAGGAAGGAAAAGGAGAAUGUUAGCCACUUUGAGACUCCUUAAAAGGGAGUGAAAGGUGGGAUAUCAAAUCCAAACUCUUCUUCUUCUUCUUAAGUUAAUAACCAAGCCAAAAAUAUGUAUGAGUUACAGGGAGGGGGGGAUGAGGUUCCUUUAGGUAACAGUUGGAUGCGGGUGGCGCUGUGGUCUAAACCACUGAGCCUCUUGGGCUUGCCAAUCAGAAAGUCGGAGGUUUGAAUCCCUGUGACGGAGUGAGCUCCCAUUGCUCUGUCCCAGCUCCUGCCAACCUAGCAGUUUGAAAGCACACCAGUGCAAGUAGAUAAAUAGGUAAACGGCAUUUCCGUGUGCUCUGGUUUCUGUCACGGUGUUCUCUUGCACCAGAAGCUAUUUAGUCAUGCUGGCCACAUGACCCUGAAAGCUGUCUGUGGACAAACGCCAGCUCCCUUGGCCUGAAAGCGAGAUGAGCGCCACAACCCCAUAGUCGUCCUUGACUAGACUUAACCGUCCAGGGGUCCUUUACCUUUACCUUUACCUUUAGGUAACAGUUGAUAACAGAAAUAAAUCUGAAGCAAAAUCAGCAUCAAAGGGAUCCUUUUGUUGUUGUUGUUGCUCCACGCAUCAUUCUAAAGCUUUGUGUAUGUUUAUCAGUCAGAGCAAACUACCAUACCCAUCUCAACAGUGUGGUUAGCUUUGAUGAAGGCUCUCUUCUCCUCAAUGGGUGGUUUCUUCUGCCAGUGUUAAGGAAAUUCAUUCAGUGCCACACUUUAGAGAUCCGGCCUGAUGCCCCAAUCCUGAGAGGGGUGGUUUAUUGGCUUGUUUUGGGUUUUAUUAUGUAUUUUGUGUUUUUAUAUUGUGGUGUUAUAUUGUGAACAGCACUGAGACCUGCAGGUAUAGGGGUGGUAUACAAAUAAAAUAAAAUAAUAAUAAUAAUAAUAAUUCCAUCCGGACAAAAACACUCAUGGAGGAGGCGAAGCACGGCUGGUAAGGGGUGUGUCUUAUGGCAAGGGGUUUGGUUAUGGAAGGAGGUGUGGCCAGAUAGAGAGAUUUGGUUGUCACAGCUGUCCACCCCUCUGUUUUCCAGCGGCUUGAGCUGGGAGCCCCGCUCCCGUGCGGUGGAGCAGGUCCACCUGCGCUGCACCGAGGGCUUCCUGGAAUGGAUGUACCCGACCCGAGCCCUCCGCGUCAUCUUGGAGCCCAACCUGUCCAGCGCUCAGCACACUGCCGUCUGCAUCAAGCCGUCCAACACUUUCCAAGGUGCCAACAUCUACGUGGAGAGGGACGGGCAGCUCCACCUGCUGCUGAGUGACGCUGAGGAGCCCCGCCUGCACCAAGUCUCCUGCUUCAGCACCCGCACGCCCCAGAGGGUGGCGCUUUUCCUGCAGGCCAGUCCUCAGAGGGACAUCAGCCGCAGGACAGCCAGCUUCCAGUACGAGUUGCUGAGCAACAAGACUGUCACAGGCCCAGACUUCCAGAAAAUGGCGCUCGUGGAAGGUAAACGAUUACGUGUGGGUCUCAUUUCCCCCAGUUUGGUGUUCGAACCUCAUGUGGGGUCGGGGAUCUUCAAGUUCACAUGAAAUAACCCCAUCCCACCCCAAAAGCUGCUCAUAAAACAAUUAGAUCAAUAAAAUAUCAAACGUAUAUAUAUAUAAGAAAAAGCAAGCUAUUCACAUCAGCAGCUGCAACCAGGUCAAAAGAUAAAAUGAAAGCAAAGCCAGCCAAUCAAUCAGCUAUACCAGAAGCCCUGAAGAGCAAAAUAAAACUUUUACCCAUUUUUCUGCUAUUAUUAUUAUUAUUUAUUAAUUAGUAUAUAUUUAUACCUUGCCUUUUCCCCUAAAGGCAGCUUACAGAUAAAAACAUAGGGAAAUAUAGGGAAAACAAACAUUAAAAAAUAGUUAAACAUUGGUAGUAUUAAAGCUCUGUACCUUGGUUUUUGAACAACUUAGUUCUCGAACGUUUUGGCUCCUGAAUGGACUGUUCUGAAGUGACUGUUUCCAUUUGUGAACUAUUUUUGGAAACCAAACACCUGAUGAGGCUUCUGCAGCUUCCGAACAUUUUGGAAGCCAAACGGCCUUCCAGAAUGGAUUCCAUUUGACUUCCAAGGUACAACUGUACAUAUAUAUAAUCUGUUUAAAACAUACAAAUAAUUACAAUCCACCAACAAGGCCCCCUCUUGCAUCCCCACCAGUUAAACUAUAAAAGAAUUAAAAUAAUAUACAGUGGUGCCCCGCAAGACGAAUGCCUUGCAAGACGGAAAACCCGCUAGACGAAAGGGUUUUCUGUUUUCAAUGCGCUUCGCAGGACGAAUUUCCCUAUGGGCUUGCUUCGCAAGACGAAAAUGUCUUGCGAGUCUAGAGAUUUUUUUUUCGCUUUCCCCCCCCUUUAUCUAAUCUGCUAAGCCUUUAAUAGCCUUUAAUAGCCUUUUAGCAGCUAAUCCCCUAAGCCUUUAAGCCUUUAAUAGCCGCUAAACCGCUAAUAGCGCUAAUCCAUUAAGCCGCUAAUAGGGUUGCUUCGCAAGACGAAAAAACCGCUAGACGAAGACUCUCGCGGAACGGAUUAAUUUCGUCUUGCGAGCCACCACUGUAAGAAGAAACAUGUUGAAUGCUAUGAGCACACAUUCCUAGUGAACCAUCCAAGAUAUCUAAUUCCAGAGAGUGCUUGUCUUAAAAAGACCUCGCAGCUCAUUUAUUUGUCAAAUGUCCCUAUUUUCACUGGAGAAAUAUUGGAGGGUAAGAAGCUGACCUCUGCAGGCCUGAGCAAUCGACAGAAAUUAUGUACUGCUUUAGAAACAGAUGUUCCUGAGCGGAUUAUCACAAGACCCCUCAAGGUCAGAGGUGAGGAACCUGUGACUCUUCAGAUGUUGUUGGGCUGCAGGCAGCAGGGCCAAAAGAUGGAGUGAAUGGAGCUCAGAUUCCACUCCCUCACCCCAUGUUACAGAAAAUCAUACAAAUGCUCUCAGAUGCUCAGAAUGAAGGCAAAACUUGAUCCAGGUGCCAAUGAGGUCGUUGUACCAGGCUCACCGUUCGGGACUCGUUUAAGAGCCCUCUAGCAACCCUCCUUAUCGACUUCGUGUUUUCCUUCCCCAGCUAUGUGCCGCCCCUGUGACAACAUGGAACUUCUCAUGGCUAUUUGCAGCAGUGAUUUUGGUAAGUGAGAUGGCAUGAGAACAUCGUUUUUUGGAGAGGUGGAAACGGUGUAGUCCUGUGCAUAUUUAGAGUCAGAAGUAAAUUUAGAGUCAGAAGUAAAAUUGCUGAUCAGCUGUUAAGUUCGAGCAUAGCCUAGUGCCUCUGAGCACUGGGUAUCCUCACUGGUGAGGAACUGCCUAGCAACAGCCUCUCAGUCUUGUCUGAAUUGAACUUCAGUUUCCUGGCCCUCACCCAGUCCAUUAUUGCAACAACGCAAUAAUGACUUCUGGGGGGAACACUGCCAAGCUCCAUGGGCUCUCUAGUAUGAGGGUUGGUCCAUGUUCUUUAACAUCUGUAUGAAACUGCUGAGCAGGAUCAUAGAGAGUUUUGGAGUGUGUGGUCAUCCACAAGUAGGAAGGGAAUGGAAUGACUGCAAUGCAGUCUUCUCAAUCCCAAACACAAAGUUGCUCCAGAAGGAUAUCAUGGUCUAUGGUAUUGAAAGUGUUAAGAAAUUGAGGAAGGUCAACAGAGUCACACUCCCCUAGUCUCUCUCUCUCUCUCUCUCUCUCUCUCUCUCUCUCUCUAUCUCUAUCUCUAUCUCUAUCUCUCUCUCUCUCUCUCUCUGUGUUCUCGAACGGUUCCAUUUUUGAAUAUUUCGGUUCCCAGAAUCCAAAAACCUGGAAGUAAAUGCUCUGGUUUUCCUUGGAACUUUAAUGUCCGACGCUGCUUCUGCUUGAGUGCAAGAAGCUCUUGCAACCAGUCAGAAGCCGUGCCUCGGUUGUCAAAUGUUUCAGAAGUCGAACGGUCUUCCAGAAUGGAUUACUGUACAUUCAACAACCGAGGUUUGACUGUCGAAAACUUGUCUCCUGCAGGACUAACUGGUUCUGGCAGGAUCUGGUAUGUACCACUGAGAUGAGCCCUACAAUGGUUCCACACUGCUAAUGGUCUUUAAGGUUCACAUCACUGAAAUGCCAAGCAAUGAUUUUCAUGAACAAAUGGGUCGUCACAGAUAGAACUCCAAUCAUGCCUAGUGGUGGCCAUUCUGUCUUCUGUAACCACUUUCCUGGGAGUAAGAUCCAGUGAACUUAUAUAGCCCUGCAAGUCGUAUGAACAGGCUCAUAGUGUAAAGGUCUCCUCAAAGCCAAUUCACAUCACUAUUAGGGGAGGGCUGGGGGGUGGGCAUCUUUUCAAGCCAUGAUGACUUUUAUUUUUGUCGCCAUCCCAGACCGAUUGUGAACUUCAGAAUGAUCCGUCACAUACAUCUGGCUCCACUGUAUUCAUGUUCUACAUUGAAAUCUGGGUCCUCAGGAUAGCAUUUAGACAGCCACUGCCUUGAGUGCACCCUGAAUUCUGCCUGACAAAGCACCCCUCCUCAUUAAAUAUACCAUAGUUUUCGCUCUAUAAGACUCACCGGACCAUAAGACGCACCUAGUUUUUGGAGGAGGAAAACAAGAAAAAAAAUAUUCUGAAUCUCAGAAGCCAGAACAGCAAGAGGGAUCGCUGCGCAGUGAAAGCAGCAAUCCCUCUUGCUGUUCUGGCUUCUGGGAUAGCUGCGCAGCCUGCAUUCGCUCCAUAAGACGCACACACAUUUCCCCUUACUUUUAAGGAGGGAAAAAGUGAGUCUUAUAGAGCAAAAUAUACAGUAUAUAUUUUUAAAGGCCUGUGGGUGAAUAAAUCAUCCCUAAUUUGGUCACAAGCCCAUUUCCACACCUAUAGCUCUCAGACAACAAUUUCUACUUGUGAUCGAAAAUAAGGCACCCCAAACCAACUAAUCAAUUAUGGAAUUUGUCUGCAAAAGAAGGCAGCGCUUGAAAUCUUCCCCCUUUGAGGAUAAUUAUCUCACUCAUGUCAUAGGCACAAAGAACUUACUUAGGAAGAUUUCGGGAACUUCCUUAGUUAAUCCAAUUUCCUGGAGCCACUAGCCUUUUAGCAUAACAGAUGUCCCCCUGUUCUGUUCCCCUUCUCCCCCCACCCCCGGCACUCAGAUUCAGUCAAGUCUAUUGACAAACUAUAAUGCUCUUGUUCCUCCUGCUCCAAGUUGCUCCUGAGGUCUGAGGGCCUCCGCUCUUAAGAACCAUAAAGCUAAGUGUGCUUUGGGGGUCAAUUGCACUUCCACGACCAGUUAUUUGAUCUAAUCCACACACACACACACACACACACACACACACACACAAACCUGGUGGUGGCAACUGCUAAACUCAGGGCAUGGAAGUGAAGCCAUAAAUAGAGUCAGUUCUAAGGGCUAUUUCGUCUGCUCUGUGGAUGCUUCAAGUCUAAAUGCCCCCCACCAUGUGGCCUUCAGCACAACAUCUGUCAGUCGUUUAUGUGUGUUUUGCAGGCCCAGCAAGGAGGAACUUCCUCACUUGAGACCCCGGUAACCAGUGCUGGAUUUACGCAAAAGCAAAACAAGCUAUAGCUUAGGGUCACACUGUCUUGAGGAUCCCAAAAAAAUUAAAGGGGGGGGGGAACUGGAUGUACAUUUUCAAAAUAUAAGAUAAAAAACAAAUAAAAUAAAACCUACAUACAGGAACAGUGCUUUGUGUUGUGUAGGCUCCUAUGGUGUAAGUAAUGGGCCCCGCCUGCUAGCCUGCUCCCUAAAAUAUCACUGGUUUGCUCUUUUCUAUAUAUAGGGUACCUAUAUAUAGGUCACCUGUUGCAUGGCAACAUGUGCAAAUGGCUUUAGAUACCUAUGAGGUCCAUAAAUAUAGCGUAUAUUCAACACAAAAAACAGCGACAAUUUGUUGUUGACAAAGGACAGCUGGACACAUGAAGGGCCCCAUUACCUUCAGAAGCGUAGGGCCUCAUCAGACCUAAACCCGGCCCUGCCGGUAACUUAAUCAACUGAAAAACAGUGGGGCUCAUUGCUUUAGCUAAGCAAGAGAAGGAGGGAAAUGAACUACCGGCUUGAGCAGAGUAGAAGACGUUGGGCACAUUCGCACAUGACAUUUAAAGCACCGUGAUACCACUUCAAAAACGUCACCGUUUCCCCCAAAGAAUCAUGGGAAGUGUAGCUUACCAAGGAUGCUGAAAAGCAUCAGGAGACCCCCUAUUGCCCUCACAGAGCUACAAUUCCCAGCGUUUUCUGGAAAGAGGGACUGACUGUUAAACCACCCUAAGGACGGUAGCUCUGUGAGGGGAAAGGGGGUCCGCUGACAACUCUCAGUAACCUUAACAAACUACACAUUCCAUAGUUAUUUGGGGGAAGCCAAGCCAUUACUGUAUAAAGUAAAAGGUAAAAAAAGGCAAAGGACCCCUGGAUGGUUAAGUGAUGUCAGAUGAUGGGCAUGGUUUGGGGGAAAUGGAAUCGUGGGCCAAAUUAGACCCACUGGUGGGCCAAGUUUGACCCACAGGCCCAGAUGGAAUCUUCACCCCUAGAGUUACACCUGUCUUCACAUUGUUGGUUUUCAGGUGUCAACUAAGAAACAGUUUUCUUUGCCCAGGCUUGAUAAUGCAAUAUUUAAUCCUUAGCAACAUUACAUGAGUCAGUGUUUUGAUGAUUCGUUGUUUCAAAAUGCACUCACCUGUUUUCAAAAUUAUGUUUGUUGCGGAUUGCCCUGUGCCCAUUUGGAGGAAGGGCGAUUCAUAGUUCCCUUAUAAAUAAACACGCAAAAUUUACACCUAGUGGUGAGAGGAUCGAUCCACAACGUCACCCACGAUGCGGAGAACCACAUGUCCCAGGUGGAAGUCGGCGCGCGGCGGGUCUACAGGCAGAAAAACCAGAUCUUUCAGCAAGAUAAAGUGAGCGGCGAAUGGCGAGGACCCGUCAAGACCUUGCUGCAAUGUAAGGUGAAGAAAGGAACCGGCGAUUUCCUCUUCACGGGCAAUGAGCACUUUGGGGAAGCUUGGCUGGGCUGUGCCCCGCGAUUUAAAGACUUUGGUGCUGUCUAUCACAAAGCUAUUGAGAGGGGGGCAAAUCCCUGCGAGUUUCCAUUUGACUAA